GGUCUGUCGCUCGUCGGAGUUCCCUUUUUUCAGUUCUUAGACCACACCACACACCACUCACGGUGAACCCGCACGGAAGGUUUGUGUUUUCGUGCAAAAAGUUACUUCAACGCUCAGGUUCAAGUUAUCGUUAUCACGCACCACAAUUUGUCCGCAACGGUCCCGCGGGUACGGCACUGUUUGGCUGCUACAAGUUGAAAAAAGAGAAGCCCCUUUGUGUGUGUGUGUGUGCGUGUGUGUGUCAGAAAAAGAGCGUCACAUAACUAAAGGAAAAAACCACCGAUUCGGGAAGUAGGGCUUUUUCGGGCACCUUCCUCAGUAUAUUUGUUUCCUUUUUUCGGUGCAACGGUGCAGGGUAGCGAGGUAGUUAGAUAAUUGUUCUUGUCGCGUUCUUUUUAAACGUUCGGCAAGCCUCGAAAUUAGGUACCUUUCCCCGUAGUGUGCGAGACGGGCGAAGCGGAUUAAGGAUCGUUCGCAAAAGAAAAGGGACUGCGCCCCGUUGAUUCGUUUCCCGUCCACGGGACGAAUGUUUUCCAAUUGUUACGUGUAACGUAGUCAACAACUCCGGGAGAGAACCAACAAGACGUACGGGAAGGAAUAGUGUUUGCCAAAAAAAAAAAAAAUAGAAGGAACCAGAGCAGGUCGACAGAAGCGCAGCUUUACCUACUGGCAGUUUUUGGUCUGUAAGACAAUACGGUGAUAGUAUUACAUAAACUUGUAGCACGGAGUAGCGUCACAGCAACCUUAGCCCCCAAGAAACCCCUAUUAGGGACCUAGUUUGUAUCGGUAGCACAGUGUGACUCCACCAGUAGCGCAAUUACUAGUACGGACAGUAGGCAGUAUUAGCGAGCAAAUUAGCAAAUUCUAUGCAACGACUCCCCCAAAAAAAAAAGACAACCGUGACAAUACAUUGGUAGCGAGAGCUGCACUUAUACCGAUAAGGCAUCUAGACGUCAUAGACACUCCGAAGAGCACUGAAGUACCCCGAUAACAAAGACACCUCCGUUCCGAGCGAUCCAAUUUCCUGCGGCGAACAAAAUGCGUGAUUAGACAGUUUGAGCAGCAUCCGUUUCCAUUUCCGCAACCGGACAUAGCACAGUGGCGGAGACGUAGAACACGUUGGGAACGCAACUUCCUGAGCUUCCUUCAGAAGUUUGACCACACGCGGAACAGACGGUGGGAGCACUCGAUACGGAGCCCAUCGCAAGCCCUUCGCUCCCGAAAUUCCCACAACAGGGAGUCAAGCACAACCCGUAACCGUAUCUUUACUGCCGGCCACACGACCAGACCACGACCAAAAACACCGUUAGUCCAAUGAAACCAAGUUUCAAGAACGGAAAGUUCGCCACAUCCAUCUACGAAAAAUGUCUCUGCCAAAAGAAUGGAAUCUCCAGACAUCGCAGGAGUGUCUUAAUCAGUACCUGCGCCCACAAAGCCUCUUUUCGGAGGAUAUCGAAAUACAACCCCACGCGGAUGAUAACCGACUCUUCGAUGGCGUCUACCAUCCAUCCAUACCGGAACAGCGAUGCCGGGCGCCUCUCAAUGCCGCCCUGCUGGCCGAGUUCGAGAACAGUGGAUCCAUGUUCUCGAUCCAGUCCGCACCGGUCGUUACGGCAUGCAAGGAACCCGCCAUCAACCCGGACGAUACCGCGGCCGUACCACCUGCGCUGGCCUGCACCAAGUUUACCGGUGACGGCGGUGCAACCCUGCUGGAUGACUUCGGGCCACCACCGCAACCGAUGUCCGGAACGGGCACCGCAGGGCGUAACGAUACCUUACUUCGACCAUCCUCACUGGCGCUCGAUACGCACUACAACCUGGUCAAGCCACUCAGCGGUGUUGAGCCCCAGCCUUCGACCGAACUGGACGAGGAUGACAACGAGAACCUGUUGACUGUCUCGAGUUUAACCGCACGGCCGCUGAUAGCGAAAUCUCGUGAAAUAAGAAAUAAAAAACAAAAGCUUCAUAUCCAGAGGCAACGAAAGCAGGUUGCAUCGGAUACGAGCGAAGAUGAUGAUGAUGGUCCGCCCGACGGUGGUUACGGUUGGAUCAUCGUGUUCGGUGCAUUCUCGGUCCAGUUCUGGGUGGCCGGACUGGUCAAAUCGUACGGUGUGCUGUACGUGGAGAUCAUGGAAAACUUCCCGAACGCAUCGGCCACGACCGCAUCGUGGAUACCGGCUAUCCUGUCCGCAUUGUGUCUGGUACUGGCGCCACUAUCCAGUGCACUGUGUCAGCGCUUUUCCUGCCGUAUCGUGGUCAUCAUCGGUGGUGUGUUCUGUGGACUCGGGUUGACACUGAGCUACUUUGCGACCAGCAUGUAUCAUUUGCUUUUCACCUUCGGCAUUCUCACCGGAAUUGGCGGAGGUCUCUCGACGACACCGGGAAUUGUUAUAGUGUCCCAGUACUUUGAGAAGCAUCGCGCCUUGGCAAAUGGGAUCACCAUCUCCGGUACGGCGGCUGGAAGUUUCGUGUUCCCGAUGCUUAUCGAACGUUUGAUACAUCUGUUCGGAUUUCACGGUACCUUGCUCAUACUGGGAGGCUGUAUGCUGCACGUAUGUGUAUCGGGCGCACUCUACAGACCGCUCGAGAAGAAGCCAGAUCUUGAACCAUCGAAGGAGGGUACCCAAUUCUCGUCCCGUAGCGAUUUCCGCGAAAACCUUGGCCAUCUUAGCUCGUCGGAAGAUCACCUGAGCAAACGCUGCUUGGAGGAUCUGUUUCUGGACGAUCAAAACCGCAACAACAGCGUUACGAGCGAGAGCAACAAGUUCGUCAACAUAACGGAAAAAACGCUCCAAGAAAGUGAAGACGAACUGAAAGAUAUCCUCACGAGUGCAAUCUUUCUUAAGCCCAUUUCGUCGAUCCGUAGCUGCAGUAUUCUGCACUCGGUCGAGGAUCUGAGCACCGAUUCGACCUGCGUCUAUAAGAACCGCGCCAGUGGCUAUGACUCGAAGCGGAACAGUAUGCGCUACAAGCAGCAGCACCUUCACCAUCGACAGGACACGCAACCACGCCCACCGCAGCUGCCCGAACCGAUCGGAUCGCAGACCACGCUGGGUAUGGCCGAAGGUGGCGCGUGCGGUGAUGCACCACUGUUGGGACCACUGCUGCUGGCACCGAACGACCUGGACAAGUCGGUGAAUACCACGCAGGAAGCGGUAGGAGUUGUUGUUCCAGCGAAAACGAUUGCUACCGGCGCUAUACCAACGGUAAUGAGCUCGAACAACAUGUGCGCGAUGGUACCGACGAAGGGACUGGCCCAGAACAACAAUCGGGGAUUGAGCAAGAGCAUGAUCAUUCCCACACCGGUCGGCGAUCUGGACGAGAUCUUUGACGAGGAUCCAUACACGGCAUACAACGCAACGUGUCUGGAAAAGAUUAGUCAAUAUCUGGACAUUACGCUCCUCCAGGACAUCACGUUCAUACUAAUGUGCCUCUCGGUAGCUUUAAUGUCGGUUGGAUGUCCGUACAUGCUUUACUAUCUGCCAGCGUACGUAAUUUCUGCUGGUUACACCAAAUCGGAGGCAGGAUAUUUGGUUGCUGUCAGUGCGGCCUUAGACUUGAUCGGACGCCUUGCCUUGGGCUGGCUGUCGGAUUUGGAUCUGUUCGAUCGGAAGAAGGCUUACAUUGUCUGCAUUCUAGGUGCUGGAACGGCUGUACUUACCAUUCCGACGAGCAGUAACGCUUGGUUUGUGAUUGUGAUCAGCUCUGGAUGCUACGGACUGUGUUUGGGCAGCUGGUACCUACUGGUUCCGGUACUACUGGCCGACCUGUUCGGGACGGAACGUAUUAGCUCCAGCUAUGGCUUGGUUCGGAUGUUCCAAAGUAUUGGUGCAAUCUCGGUGCCACCACUAGCAGGUUUACUGCGCGACCUAUCCGGUGGGUAUGAAAUCUGCUUCUACUGCAUGGGGGUUUGUAUGGUGAUGGGCAGCGUACCGUUGAUUGCCAUUAUACUGCGCGAUUCGAUCGCACUGAAGGACAAACGGCUCCAACUGGGCCCGACGGCAUAAGGUGGGACGGCGGAAGACGAGGCGGGUCACCAAACGGACGGUAUUGGAAUAUUGUAAAUCCCGGAAUGGAUUUACGGGACUGAACUAUCCGGUGACGAUCUGCAGCUAUAAUCGUAAUUAGCGUACACGGAGUAAUGCAUAUUAAUUCUAGUUCAUAAGCAAUCUGAACCAAAACAAAAAAAAAACAACACAAAAAAGAAGAACAAUAAAGGAAUAAACGAAGUCAAAAAGUUUACACUUCACGUGAAC